GGUCGACAGGAAGUUUGAACAGAAGUAAACGUCUCAGCACAUCCUCAUCCAACAUCUCAGGCCGCAAGACACCAACAUCUGUAACAUCAUCUUCUUCAUCCAGUCGCCGACCACCCGGUUUCUCCUCCCGAUCAACCACCCCAACUGUUGCAUUUGGUACAUCUGUCAGAUCCCGACCAACAACCCCCACAUUCUCAACGCACACACCUCAAAGACCUGGCAGCGUCACACCUACAAAAGGCCUGGGUUCAACUCCUUCUGGACCACCUCGACACCGCAAGCUGCCUACCACACCCAAAACACCAACACAGAUGUCCUCAUCACAAGGAUUCAGAUAG